AUGAAUGGGAAACACGAGUUGAUAUUAAAUCGCGCCAGUACAGAUGUAAACUGUUUAGAUUUAGCACCCGUUGAUGCGGAGAAGGUACCGCAACCGCCGAUUCCAAAUGGUGAGAUUGAAAUUAGUCGUGUCACAUGGAGGAUGCCAGUCAUAAAAGUAUCUGAUAAGGAGAAACUGCGUUUAAUGUCGUAUGUUGAGAGGAGCAUACCGGUUCAGAUAGCGUUCCGCACGUGGGAACUGUACGAAUAUCCCAUACUACCUGCCUCACAACGUCAUAUUUGGUGCAUCAAGACUAGCACUCAGCUGGAGAAACCUCGCUAUCUCAUUGUUGGUUUCCAAACGGAUCGUAGAAAUGACAAGACCAAAGAUAUGAGCAUAUUCGACCACUGUAAUCUUACCAAUUGCAGGGUGUAUUUGAACGCACAGUAUUAUCCAUACGAUCCCUUUUCGGCCGAAUUUAAAACCAACAACUAUGCGCUCUUAUAUGACGCAUUUACCAAUUUCCAACGGUCGUACUACAACCGUGAUCAUACCAGCCCUCAAGUGAAUUAUGCUCAUUACAAGACACAGUCUCCAUUAAUAGUCAUCGACGCGUCAAGACAGUGUGACAGCUACAACUCGGGAGCUGGUGCUAUUGAUAUUAAAUUGGAAAUGGAGUUUAAGUAG